AUGAAAUUUUAUAAUUAUUGUAGUUGGUAUAUCUUAUUCUUGAUCAAUAUUAUUUCAGCAAGAGAUUGGCUAAUUGAUAAAAUCAGUGAUGUAACAACACUUACAAAAACGCCAUUAGGUACAUUACUUCUUUCGAAUAGUUUGAUUAGUCGAGAAUUUUUAAUUGAACCUGAUUUUGCUACAAUUGAUUUUCGUGAUUUACAUGCAACAAAUUCAAGUAUAUUACGAUGUGUUAAACCUGAAAGUAUAAUAACACUUGAUGGUAUUGAAUAUAAUAUUGGUGGAGUUAUACCAAAUACACAAUGUGCUUAUUUUAAUCGAACUGAUUUUUGGAAAAAUAAAGCAAUUGAUACAAAAGCAUUUCAUUUUUCAACAUAUGAAGUUGGAAAACCUAAAGCUCCUUUUGCAUAUACACCAAAACGAUCUGCUCCAGCGGAUAUUGAAUGGCCACCAAAAGGUGUUCAUCUAAGUGUCUAUUUUAAAGCACCAUAUUAUGCACCAUUAUCACAUAAAUAUGUUACUGUUGUUGUCAACUAUGAAAUGUAUGAUGGUAUACCAUUACUUGUAAAAUGGCUUGAUAUUAUUGAUACAAGUGGACGUGGUGAUAUUGAUCUAUCAUUUAAUUCAGUGGAACUCUUAGCUGUUAAUCAACCAUGGUCACCUUUUGGUGAAUCAUGGUUAUAUGUUGAAAAUAAUCAAUCACCUGGUCAUGGUACAAAUAUUUUAUGGACAUAUGAUGUUGAAGUAAAUACAAUUCCAGGAUCAUUUCCACCAUUAGUUAAUUGUACAUAUCAAACAGAUCAUGAAUUAGUUGUUACACUUGGAACACAAUUAUCAUCAUUUCGUGUUCAUGAACUUGUUAUUGGUUCAUCAAAUGUUGAACGUGUUGCUUUAUCUAAACAUCGUCUUUUUCGUUUAUUAGCACCACAUACACAAGAAAAUCCAAUAUUUUUUCAUAUGAUUAAUGGUAGUUCGUCCGCAGUUCGUGCUGUUAUUGAUCAAAUGGCUGAAGUUGGUUUUGAAAUGCUUAUUUAUUCAUUUGGUUCAGGUUUUGAUAUGGAAUCAAAUGAUGAAAAAUAUAUAAAACAAAUAACUAGUGAUAUUGCAUAUGCAACUAGUAAAGGUAUUGAAGUUGGUGGUUAUGAUUUAAUUGCAUUAACACGAGACGUUGGACCAGCAUGGAUGGCUAUUGAUCCCGAUACUGGUAAGCCACGUGAUAAUGCAUGUUUUGCAUCUGGUUGGUAUGAUUAUUUAUUAAAUCGUACAUUAACAUUUAUGGAUCGUACUGGUUUAAUGAUGGUUGAAACUGAUGGACCAUAUGGUGGAUAUUCAUGUGCAUCAACUACUCAUUCACAUCAUCGUAAUAAUGAUGAUAGUAUAUAUCAACAAAAUCUUUUACAAGCAAAUUAUUUUAAAAUACUUCGAGAACGUUCUGUUUAUAUCAAUCAACCAGAUUAUUAUUUUUAUCAAGGUGGUUCAAAAACAGGUAUGGGUUACAAUGAAGAACAAUAUUCAUUACCACGAUGGAUGGAUAUUAGUGUUUCACGGCAAGGAAUGUUUGAUGAUACAUAUCAACGAAUUCCAACAGUCGGAUGGAUGUUUGUACCAUUGACUGUGUAUCAUGGUGGUGGUGAUGCAGCACAAUUUGAACCACUUGUUGCACAUCAAAUUGAAUAUGAAUGGGCUUUAGCACAAUAUUUAGGUGCAGGUGUUGCUGCUUGUUAUCGAGGAUAUCGUUUAUAUGAUACAGAUGCAACAAAAGCAUUAGUUAUCAAAUGGGUUAAUUUCUAUAAGAAAUAUCGACCUAUUCUAAUUCGUGAUAUUAUUCAUGUUCGUCGAGCUGAUAUGCAAUCCAUUGAUAGUUAUAUGCAUGUUGAUCCAUAUUCAAAGGAUAUCAAAGGUCUUGCAAUGGUAUUUAAUCCUACAUCAGAUACGGUGAAUACGAAUUUAGUUGUUCCACUUUAUUAUACUGGUUUAACCGACAUAGCACAAAUAUCAGAACAAGAAAAUACAUGGAAAAAUUAUACAUUAGCACGAGAUUAUCAUAUUGAUUUACCUAUUUCACUUCCACCACUUGGAAUAACAUGGUUUCUUAUCAAAUAA